AUGUCUAUCUAUCUAUCUUCUGUUUAUCUCUCUAUCAUAAUCUGUUUUAUAAAAUAUCUGUUUGCAUCUAUCUAUCUAUCUAUCUAUCAUUCUAUCUAUCUAUCUAUCUCAUUUAUUAUCUAUCUAUCUAUCUAUCUAUCUAUUCUAUCUAUCUAUCUAUCUAUCUAUCUAUCCCAAAUAUUUCUGCUUAUUAUCUAUCUAUCAUAUCUAUCUGAUCUAUCUAUCUAUCUAUCUAUAUAUAUAUAUACUAUAAAUAUCUAUCUAUCAUAUUAUUUAUCUAUCUAUCUAUCUAUCUAUCUAUUUAUCCCAAUUCUGUUCAUAUCUAUCUAUCUAUCUAUCCCAAUUCUGUUCAUAUCUAUCUCUAUCUAUCUCAGUUUAUUUUAUCUAUUUAUCUAUCUAGCUAUCUUAUCUAUCUAUCUAUCUAUCUAUCAUCAUAUCAUAUCUAUCUAUCUAUCUAUCUAUCUAUCUCAAUCUUCAGUUCAUUAUCUAUCUAUCUAUCUAUCUAUCUAUCUAUCUAUCUCAUCAUUUUUAUCUAUCUAUCUAUCUAUCUAUCUAUCUAUCUAUCUAUCUAUCUAUCUGAAUUUGUUUCUCUAUCUAAAACGUGUUUUAUCUAUCUAUCUAUCUAUCUAUCUAUCUAUCUAUCUAUCUAUCUAUCUAUCAUAUCUAUCUAUUCAUCUAUCUAUCUCUAUCCCAUCUGUUUUUCAUUAUCUAUCUAUCUAUCUAUCUAUCUAUAUAUAUAUCUAUUUAUUAUCUAUCCCCGUCUGUUCAUAUCUGUCUCUCUCCCUCUCUCUAUAUAUAUGUUCUUUUUUCUUCAUUUCAGAAAAUGUUAUUCGGAAUUUUGACUAUUUUCACAAGUGUCUUGUUUUUCGCAAACGGCGGUAA